AUGUCACGAAACAACCUGGGAGGCAUGCUGGUGUGCGGGCGGCCCUGUGAUGUCACUUCCUGUGCCUGUGAGGGAAGCGGAGCUGGCUGCAGUGCGAUGGGCCGUCAGCCGUGCUCCAUGGGCUUCCCGUGACAGCUUGAAGACAUACAGUGGUUGCGUAUCCUGCUGCUUAAUGCAAGACAGACCUCUGGAAUUCAACUCUCUCUCUCUCUCCUCUCUCUCUCUCUCUCUCUCUCUCUCUCUCUCUCUCCUCCUCUCUCUCUCUCUCUCUCUCUCUCUCUCUCCUUGUCUCUCUCUUUCUCUUACUCUUUCUCUCACUCUCUCUCUCUCUCUCUCUCUCUUCCAUCUUCUUAUUUUCUCUGUGCUCUGCUGCCGUGUCCCCUUUCAAUGAGUGGAGAAGAGCUGAAGCUCGUGAUGUCUUUGAGUCAACACUGUGUGCGGGUGUGCGGGUGUGCGUGUGUGUGUGUGUGAGAGAGAGCGAGAGAGUAAAUUUUUUUGUCAAAGUGUGCACGCAUAUACUGUACAGUAGUAGCUGUAUUUUUUUCCCUGUCAAAUUAAGAACAGAUAUUUUCCAACCCCGGCAAAUUGCAAAGCUAGAUGUUUUAUUUUGAUAUGCCACACCACAGCUUUCUGGGGAGGCAUUUUCUCUUUGAUGUGUUUCUGCUAACAUUUCUCCCAGCACUGGACGGCCAUUCGUUCCUUAUGGCCAAGGGAAUUAUUUGAAUGUUGGCAAUGUGUGUGUUUCUAAGAGAGAGAGAGUGAGAGAGUGAAGUGGAGAGAAAGACAGGGAGGCAAAGAGGAGAAAGAAAAGGUGAGUAGAAGAAAAGAGAGAGAGAGGAUGAGGGAAAGAGAGGGAUAGGGAAAGAAAAAGAGGGGCAAAAGGGUGAGAGAAAGAGAGAGUGAGGCAAAAGAGGGUGGAAAGGAGAGGGAAAAGGAGCAAGCAAGGGAAAGUGGGAGAGAGAGAGAGGCUGCCUUUGCUACUGCUAUCAAGAGCCCUUUUCUUCUCGGUCCGGAUCCGACUGUGGUGCAGGGCAUUCUGGGUAUCCGUAGGGGUCAGGAGAAGCAAGCACGAGCAACAUUUGUACAGAUGCUGUGUUAUUUUUAUAGCUCUACUCCAUUUGCUGGGUGGCAUUUCCUUCAGUGUUAACAGCGAGGUUAACUGCACACAGACGCACACAGGGACCCCAGCCAAUUUUUUUAUUGUUACGCUAACUAACUCAAGCAAUUUUUCUCUCCCCCUCUCCUCCCCUCCACACCUCCCCCCUACCUACCCCCAGGACUCCCCCUCACCCCUAACCCUGCCUCUGUGAACGAGGGAUUUAUUGUACUGAGAAGGGCGAGUGGCAUAGAGUGGUGUGCAGUAAUGGAGGUAGCUAGCUACGGCCCCCCGCUCUCACAGGGGAGGGAGCUACAGCCCUCAGAGUCUUGAGAGGGGGGAAGCUAGCACUAGGCUAGUUAGCUCUGGGUAGUUAGCUGCUUCUGUUAGGGAAUUGAGGUAGUUGUAAGAGAAAAUAACUCGCUAGUUUGAAGUGGUGUGCAGUAAUGGCUGUUACUUUCAGGAGCUAGCUACUAAGGCUUCCCGCUCUCACAUGGGAGGGAGCCAGCUAUAGCCAUGGGGGGAGGCGAGGGUAGCUGUUAGCCAGCCAUGUUGUGGAAGUGAGGUAACCAGCUAGUUCUGCAUGGGAAAUGAGUUAGCAAUGUGAGAAAAAGUAGCGAGGGAAGCUAGUUAGCUCUCAGAGGACUAGGAGGUAGCAAGCUGUAUCAGGGUCUGUGUGAGCUAGCCUUUCCUGGCUAGUUCUGUUGGAGAGGCAGGCUGUUCCCAACAUGUUACCUGCAUGCUUUAUUUUUUCAGGAGACUAACACAUGUGACCGCCUGAAAGCUGAUUUGACAUUUUCCAUUUUCCAUGUAAGCCUAAUAAUUCUGGGAAGUUCACCGAGAAGUACGGGAAAUUUCAGAAGGCACCAGUGUUUGACUGUUUACCUUUCUUUCGGUUGGAGAGAGGGAGAAAUAGUUUUAGCUUAUUUUUAAAGCUGGUCCGUUUUCUUCAUGCUCAUGCACGGUUAUAAACAGGAUUUCUGCGGUCGGUUCACAUAGAGAAAGUUUUGGGUCAACAUGUCGUUUCUACAAUGCCCGUCCGUUGCUACAGAUGUAGGAUCUUAAUUCAAUCACUCUUUUGUUGCUGAGAAUAUGCCUACAUAGCAGAAAGUGUAUUCAAGGUUUAUAAAGGCUUCUAAAGUUUGUAAUUUCCACUUUAAAAUGUCAGACAUGAUUUGCCCUAACAAAAAGUAUAUCCAUUAAUUAUUAUCCACAUAGUAAUUCACAUUUUCUGUUGCUGCAUGACUAUUUUCCUGCUGUAGAAAACUGCCUCAAAUUAAGAUGUUAUAUCUGUAACCAUCAAUAUCACUCACUAUCGCUCUCCUGCCCUCUCCUCCUCUCUUUCUUUCUCCCUCGUCCUCCCAACCCCUCUCUUUCCCUCUCCCUCUAUCCUCCUUUUCAAAUAUUAACUAUUGUCUCCCCCUCUAGCUGACGAGGCAACGCUUGGUGGAUGCGGAUGGCAUCAUCAACCCGGGGGCGUUUUACAUCUACCUGACGGCGUGGGUCAGCAAUGACCCGGUGGCGUACGCAGCCUCUCAGGCUAACAUACGGCCACACCCCCCGGAGUGGCUCCACGACCGCACAGACUCCAUGCCCGAGACACGCCUCAGCAGUGAGUGACCAAUCACAGCACACUUCACUAUCACAAACGCCUCUCAAUGGCCAAUCAUAUGAGACAUACGCUAUUUGCUCUCAAUAAUUAUUUGGCACACUGGCCUACUGAUUUGGCAAUUAAAUAAAAAAACAGAUUGGAACUGAAUGUAAGAAGUGUGCAGGAACAACUUCUCUUGGACCUCUAGAGUUGACAUUUAUUCAGUACUUGUUAUGUUUUGUGGUCCUAAGUAUUGUGUGGGUAAUUUCUCCUUGAGCAUUACAUUUGACCUCUUUUGCUCAACUUCCAUUUCCAUACGCCUUUAUUACAUUUGAGCUGCAGUUAUGUUAAAGUACCUGUUUCAUGGUUUAGUUUGUUUUAUUCCAUCUGUGGAGUUACUGACCCUUCUCUGCUUUCUGGUUUUAACUGAGGUAGUUGACUGUUUACAGCAGGGAUUCCCCAACUGGGUUUUAUUUGGCCCCCCAUGUUAUCUGAGCAAUUUUUGGGGAGAAUUUUCAUUAUUGGACAUAAAAGACUGUAAAAACACCAGGAAAUCAUCUCCAAGUGAUUUUGAUUUAAGAAAUCUGUUCCCAAGUAGGGCCUAUUCCCACACAUAAUAGAGAGAAACGUGAUCAUAUACAAAUGCAAACAAGGUUUGAAAUUAUAAAUGUUUUAGUCAAACAUUAUAUCUGUUUGGGCUUCUUGCGGUCAAUUUGACCGCCACAAAUUAUUUUCAAAUUAUGUUCCGGCUCCCCGACCAUCCGCUCAAUACAAAAUCGGCCCGUGGCUGAAUCUAGUUGAUGAUCCCUGGUUUACAGUAUACUGUACUGUACUGUGUGUGUGUGUGUGCGUGUGUGCGUGUGUGAAGGCUCGACUUGCAGUGCUAAGGGGGCAGGGAAUAGCAGGCUGUGGUACUCUAAUUGUGCCUGUGGUGAAAACUCUUACCACCACAGGCCUCUAAGCAUUACACACACACACACACACACACACACACACACACACACACACACACACACACACACACACACACACACACACACACACACACACACACACAUGCACUCCUAAAACUCAGUGACCCCAGCACUGCCUACACCAUGUUCUCAUUUCCUUACCACACACACACAGACACACAGAGAGAAAAGUGCUGUGCAGAAGAGAAAUAGGUUUGGUUAACAAGCAAAGGCUUGGGUGGGAUAUACGAUUGGAUAACAAGCAGGAAGUGCGUUACAGGGAGGAGAUGUGAUUGGAUAACAAGCAGUGAGUGUAAAUGUGAUUGGCUAAGCAGCGUAGAACGCUUGACUGUGCAGGAACCCCCUGGAGCAGAGCUAUGUUGGCAGAGCUCCAACUCCCAGUCCUAAUGGAAAUUUAUAGUGGAGAUUAUAAUGGGCCAAACCAUGUUAGCAAGUGGUGCUGUCUAUCCCUCCAGGCACUGGAUCACACACACACACCACAGAGGGUCUUUGCGGUUCUCAUUUUUGGGAUGUUUUCGAUCAAACGUACGUUUUUGAAAAGAAAUAUUAUGUGAAACAAUCUGGAAUGGAUAUUGUAGUGGGGUGUGGUGGGUGAAGGAGAGGGCACAUGAAAUGAAAUGAGUAGCAUGAUGUUAGUUUGAUCAAGUCUGGUGCCCUACAGAAGAGAGUCCUGUUUUGGCAGUGUUGCAAUAGUCACUACAAAUCAAAUGUGGUGUGUGUCAUAGUUGACUGCAUAACUGUGUAGGCUUUCCCUGUUUGACAGACAGGUAUGAGUGUGUGUACGUUUGAGUGUGACUGUGUGUGUGCGUGUGUGUGAGAGAGAGGGUGGGGUAAUGGUGGUGAUUCAAACAUUGUAAUUACAGCGGAUCAACGUCAGGCCUGACACUCUGCUGUGUGUCUGGGGCUGAUAGCCCAUCAUUAGGCUGAGACUGGAGAGAAUGGAGCCCUGUUCCUACCAGCCCUCCUUCCCCCCCUACACACACACACACACACACACACACACACACACACACACACACACACACACACACACACCAUGCCAGUCCCCCACCAAGGCUCAUGGGACCAAGCAUCAGCUCUGCCCACCAGCCAGUCCCAAUUACCUUCUAUAAAGAAGCGAAGUGAGCUGUAACAUAACAUAGUGCACUUGUUUGAACUGUACCAUACUUCCACCUUUUCACCCCCCCCCCCACCCCCACUUCUCUCUCUCUAUCUCUGUCUAGUUCCUGCGGCCGAGCCCAUCGAAUACGCACAGUUUCCCUUCUACCUCAACGGGCUCCGCGAGACCCCCCAGUUUGUGGAGGCCAUCGAGUCGGUGCGAGCCAUCUGCAGUAACUACAGCCGCCAGGGCCUGCCCAGCUACCCCAACGGCUACCCCUUCCUCUUCUGGGAGCAGUACGUAGGCCUCAGACACUGGCUGCUGCUCUCCAUCAGCGUGGUGCUAGCCUGCACCUUCCUCGUCUGUGCCCUCUUCCUGCUCAACCCCUGGACCGCCGGUAUCAUCGUGAGUACACACACAGAGAUAUACACACACACACACACACACACACACACACACACAAAGACACAAUGCACGCACGCAGGCACACACAAUGCACAUUCUGAAGCUGCAAUAUUUUUACAUUGGAUAUAUUUGCAGCAUUUGUGUUGAUAUUAUACAUCAGUAUGUUUGAAAUAAAGUCAAUUUCAUCAAGCUGUAAGAUUAAAAUCCUCUAAAAAAGAGAUUCCCUUAAUACAGUACGUUCCAAACCAUCCGUUUUAAACCUCCACUCCCAUGCACUGUGCGGCUGUGGGAGUGUGGAAAGGAGAUACAGGAGGGCAGUGGUGAGUGGAGGCGAGAGAAGGGAGGAGAGGAGAAAGGGGGAGCUGAGGAGAGGAGUGGGGAGAUGGGGAGAGGAGAGGAGAUCAGGCUGCUGUGUGUUUUUCUAGCCCAGUCCCGACCCAGUGUUUAUCUUGUGCUGUUUAGUCUACUCUGUCUCUCCCAGACACUGACUUCAAAUAAAUGGGGAUAGGACACAAGUUACCAAGGCAACCCCCACUCCCACCAAAAAAACCACCCCUUUUCCCAUAUUUUUCUCAUACACAUGUAAUGUAGGAGUUUCCAAGGGCACACACAUAUAAACACAUACACUCACACAGCCCUGCUCUGUCUCUCCACGGGUUGUGUUUUUACGACAGGCAAUGUUUGGGCCACCUGCGCCCUCUAACGCAAGGCGAGGGGACCUCUUGUUCAUCCUCUGGCUUUACAAGCCAGAUGAAAGGACUAGUUAUGGCACGGCUUCAAGUUGAACCAUUUGCUUGGUCCAGACCAGGCCACCAGUACCCUACCCUACACCCCUUAUCCCCUACCUCCUAACCUCCAUAGCCAAACCCUUACCCCAAGGCCACACACACACGCACAUACACACACACAGGCGUUCCAUCCUCCACCCACCUCAGCCAUCUUCAAAGGGCUGGGGCCCCCCUGUAACUCGAGACCUGUCAACCUAUAAUAGCAUUUACUCCUCAGCUCCUGUCCCACUCCUCACAAACCUACACACACACACACACACGUUUGUUUUACUCUCCUUGUGGGGACCAAACAAUUGAUUCCCAUUCAAAAUCAUAUUUUCCCUAACCCCUAAACCUAACCCUUAACCUAACCCUAACCCUAGCACUAACCUUAAACUCAAACCCCUAACCCUAACUCCUAACCCUAAACCUAACCCCUAAUUCUAACCCUAAACCUAACCCCUAUGCCUAAAAUAGCUUUUUUCCUUGUGGGGACCGGUGAAAUGUCCCCAACUGUCAAAAUGUUCGUUGUUUUACUAUCCUUGUGAGGACUUCUGGUCCCCACAGGGACAGUAAAACCAGAAACACACACACACACACAUUCAAGUUGUCUCUCUCAGUACUUUCUGCACCAGUUCAUGCUUGAUAGGUGGGUUCCCGUUUAUUCUAACCAUUGGAGAGAACAGUCAUUAACGGUCAUGUUGGGGUCCUGACUCUCUGUAUCCUGGUCCUGUCUCUGAUGACCGUGGAGCUGUUUUGGUUCAUACUGGGGUUGUUCUCUGGGUUAAAACUGUACAUGGUCACUAAUGGUUAUUAAUGGUUGUGUUGCGGCCUGUCUGUUUCAGGUCCUGGUCCUGUCUCUGAUGACCGUGGAGUUGUUUGGUAUGAUGGGGCUGAUAGGGAUCAAGCUCAGUGCUGUUCCUGUGGUCAUCCUCAUCGCCUCUGUGGGCAUUGGAGUAGAGUUUACUGUCCAUGUGGCUCUGGUAAGUACACACAUGCACACACACAAAAACACACACACACACACACACACAUGCAGAAAGUGUAUUGUGCUUUUACAAAUGACAAGAUCGUUUGUCUGAGUAAAGUGUGUGUGUGGAUGUUUCAGGCAUUCCUCACAGCGAUAGGGGACCGUAACAGGCGGGCAGUGCUGGCAUUAGAACACAUGUUUGCUCCGGUUUUGGACGGAGCCUUCUCUACUCUACUAGGAGUCCUCAUGCUAGCAGGCUCCGAGUUUGACUUCAUCGUCAGGUGAGUGGGACACACACACACACACACACACACACUCAUGCACAAAGACUACAUCCUAACUCACAUACACACAUGCACACACUCAUGCAGAGACUCAUUCUCUCUCUCUCUCUCUCUCUCUCUCUCUCUCUCUGUCUGUGGUGUGGCGUCUUGGCGUCAGUAAAGCCUGUAUUUCACACAGGAAUCUACCUGAAACACCACUCAUCCGUGAAGCUUUUCCCUCCAUCCUUUUCUACUCUUUCUCCACCCUUCCGUCUCUUUUUUUUUUUAACAACAGUAUACCUCCUCUCCUCUCUCUUUCUGUCUCUCACACACACACACACACAACACUAAAAUCUACUGUAGUUGACGGUCUUAGAGGAAACUGGGGGCAGGAUAGAGUGGUGAAGGGCAGAGAGGAAGACAGGAGGGGAAGGAGAUGGAUGAGGGGAGAGAGAGAGGAAAAGAGAGAGCUGGAAAGUCUUCUGGCUUUUGUAAUCUCCUACAGCUACGGGGGGGGGGGGGGGGGGGGGGGGGGUGGGGGGGGGGGGGGGGGGGGUAGGACGGGAGAAGUGGAAAUUAAAACUGACACACUGUGUGUGCGCGCGCGCGUGUGUGUGCAUGCAUGUUUGUGUGGGCACGCAAAUGAGAACAUUAGUCAUUCCUACCCUUCUAUAGUAUGAGAAAAACAGAGGUGAGCCAGAGUUCCUAUUACUAAGUGCUAAGCAUAUUGGAACACUGGCUAUGUUACAUCUGCAGACUACUGUCUAGGUAGCCAUUAAAGGGAUACUUCAGCGUUUUGGCAAUGAGUGAACGUUUUGGUUUUUUCCUUAGCAUUACACAAAUAAUCAAAGGUUGAUGAUGAGUUGGUUAUUUGAAUCAGCUGUGUAGUGCUAGGGCAAAAAAAAAAACGUGCACCCGGGGGGGGCCACAGGACCGACUUUGGGAAACCCUGGUCUAUGGUAUCUACUAGCAUGCCUGCAAUUACCUUAGACUUCCAGUCAUUGUGUUAACGCUAAUUACCGAUUGCGCUAACGCUAGUUAGCAACUUCCUUCAAACUGCAAGCAAAGACAUAAAAAUGGUAUCCACAAGUUCACAUGACUCUGGGGAAGUAGAUAAAGGACAAAAAUCCCUUUAAAUGAGGUAGCUUUGUAAUGUGGGUGAUCUAUCCCUUUAAGCGGGCCACCUCCAUCCAUGUGGUCUGAAAACACACAGACACACAGACACACCGCCCUGCUCCCUGACCAUAUAAUCAUGGGGGUCAACGAUGACGUGCCUGGGAGUGAGAGUGCACACACACACCCACACACUAACCCUUCCUUCUCUCCUCCCCUCCUCUGGUUCCCGCUGCUCUCAGGAUCUGUCUGAGGCCAUUUGAAGUAUGGGGUGUUUUUUCCCCAAACAAAGCAGUGCCUGAAGACUGCAGAAUAACAACACAGCCUGCUCUUAUUUUUCUGCUCAUGCUGAAAGAAAUGUUGCCUUGACUUUCCCUGUCAACCCCACAAAUGUUUUCACUCCAAACAGCUCCAGCGCUGUGUGUGUGUGUUCCAGUGGAGAUGUGGCUUUAAACCAAGGCAGAAGCUCUGUGACAUCAGCUACUUUCCCCCUCUCAAAGUGUAGAGAGAUACCAACAGAGAGGAGAGGAGAGGAGAGGAGAGGAGAGGAGAGGAGAGGAGAGGAGAGGAAGAGGAGGAAGCGAUGAGGAGAGCUCUGCGGAGCUUCGUACUGCUGGUCGGUCCUUGAGAGACAAAAGGGUUGGAGGGUUAGAAGGAGAGAAAGGUGAAGAGGGGAGGGGAGAGUAUACCCCCUCACAUCCCCCAUACCCCCUCACUGUUCCCCAGCUUCCCUCACUGUAGCCCCAGCACCCCUCACUAUCCUCAGCCCCCCUCACUGUAUCCUCAGCCCCCCUCACAGUAUCCCCAGCCACCUCACUGUAUCCCCAUACCCCCUCACAGUAUCCCCAUCCUCCCUUACUUUAUCCCCAGGCCCCAUCACUGUAGCCCCAGUCUCCCUCACUGUAUCCCACCCUCACUGUAUCCCCACCCUCCCCCUCACUGUAUCCCCAGGUCCCCAUCACUGUAGCCCCAGACUACCUGACUGUAGCCCCAGCCUCCCUCACUGUAUCCCCAGCCUCCUGUCCCCAGCCAUAGCCUGCCUAAAUAAGGCCUGUUUAUUGAUGCUACUUCACUGGGCAAACAGAACCAGCAGCUCUCUCUCUUCUCUUCUCUUCUCUUCUCUUCUCUUCUCAUCUCUUCUCUUCUCUUCUCUCUCUCUAUUUCUCUCUCCAUCAUUCAUGGAGGACAGACAGACAGACAGACAGACAGACAGACAGACAGACAGACAGACAGUGUAGGAUAGUAGGCCAACCAUACUGUCUGGAUAUGGAUUGGUUCUCCCCAUGCUCUGUUAACCUAUGAAGACCCUACACUGGAAUUCCUGCUCCACUCCGGCCGACAGACACACACACACACACACACACACAGACGCAUAGACGCAUAGAUGCACACACAUACUGAAUCAUAUAUACACACACAUUUCAUGCACACUAACACACACGCAGAUCAGUUAUAAAUGUGUCAGUGCGUUUAGUCUGAGGCCCAGCUGUGUAGCAUACCAGCUGGCGGGAGCCAAUGUGACUGGACAUUGUAACAGAACCGCUUCUGGGAUGAACAACUUAACAACUGGAUGAAGGCAUGUCCAGGGCCCGUAUCCACAAAGCCUCUCAGAGUGCUGAUCUAGGAUCAGGUCCCCACCUGUCCAUAGAGAUGUAGGAUCUUAAUUUGAUCACUCAGUGUAUUCGAGGUUUUAAAAGGCUUCUAAAGUUGGUAAUUUCCACUUUAAAAUGUCAGACUUGAUUUGCCCUGACAAGAAAUGUAUCAAUCCCUACAAAAAAUCUCCAUUAAUUAUAAUCAACAUAAUAAUUUACAUUUUCUGUUGCUGCAGGAUUAUUUUCCUGCUAUAGCAAACUGUCUCAAAUCAAGAUCCUACAUCUGUACACAUUAAGAACACCUACCUAAUAUUGAGUUGCACACAAGCCUAAGAUCACCAUGCGCAAUGCCAAGCGUCAGCUGGAGUGGUGUAAAGUUUGUCGCCAUUGGACUCUGGAGCAGUGGAAACGUGUUCUCUGGAGUGAUGAAUCACGCUUCACCAUCUGGCAGUCCGACAGACAAAUCAAAUCAAAUCAAAUGUUAUUGGCCACAUGCACCGAAUACAACAGGUGCAGACAUUACAGUGAAAUGCUUACUUAAAGCCCUUAACCAUCAGUGCAUUUAUUUUUAAUAAAAAAGUAAAAUAAAACAACAACAAAAAAGUGUUGAGAAAAAAAAGAGCAGAAGUAAAAUAAAAUAACAGUAGGGAGGCUAUAUAUACAGGGGGGUACCGGUGCAGAGUCAAUGUGCGGGGGCACCAGCUAGUUGAGGUAGUUGAAGUAAUAUGUACAUGUGGGUAGAGUUAAAGUGACUAUGCAUAAAUAAUUAACAGAGUAGCUGCAGCGUAAAAAGAUGGGGUGGGGGGGCAGUGCAAAUAGUCCGGGUAGCCAUGAUUAGCUGUUCAGGAGUCUUAUGGCUUGGGGGUAGAAGCUGUUGAGAAGUCUUUUGGACCUAGACUUGGCACUCCGGUACCGCUUGCCGUGCGGUAGCAGAGAGAACAGUCUAUGACUAGGGUGGCUGGAGUCUUUGACAAUUUUGAGGGCCUUCCUCUGACACCGCCUGGUAUAGAGGUCCUGGAUGGCAGGAAGCUUGGCCCCAGUGAUGUACUGGGCCGUACGCACUACCCUCUGUAGUGCCUUGCGGUCGGAGGCCAAGCAGUUGCCAUACCAGGCGGUGAUGCAACCAGUCAGGAUGCUCUCGAUGGUGCAGCUGUAGAAUUUUUUGAGGAUCUGAGGACCCAUGCUGAAUCUUUUCAGUCUCCUGAGGGGGAAUAGGCUUUGUCGUGCCCUCUUCACGACUGUCUUGGUGUGUUUGGACCAUGAUAGUUCGUUGGUGAUGUGGACACCAAGGAACUUGAAGCUCUCAACCUGUUCCACUACAGCUCCCUCGAUGAGAAUGGGGACGUGCUCAGUCCUCUUUUUUUUCCUGUAGUCCACAAUCAUCUCCUUUGUCUUGGUCACGUUGAGGGAGAGGUUGUUAUCCUGGCACCACGCGGCCAUGUCUCUGACCUCCUCCCUAUAGGCUGUCUCAUCGUUGUCGGUGAUCAGGCCUACCACUGUUGUGUCGUCGGCAAACUUAAUGAUGGUGUUGGAGUCGUGCCUGGCCAUGCAGUCAUGGGUGAACAGGGAGUACAGGAGGGGACUGAGCACGCACCCCUGAGGGGCCCCCGUGUUGAGGAUCAGUGUGGCAGAUGUGUUGUUACCUACCCUUACCACCUGGGGGCGGCCCGUCAGGAAGUCCAGGAUCCAGUUGCAGAGGGAGGUGUUUAGUCCCAGGAUCCUUAGCUUAGUGAUGAGCUUUGAGGGCACUAUGGUUUUGAAUGCUGAGCUGUAGUCAAUGAAUAGCAUUCUCACGUAGGUGUUCCUCUUGUCCAGGUGGGAAAGGGCAGUGUGGAGUGCAAUAGAAAUUGCAUCAUCUGUGGAUCUGUUGGGGCGGUAUGCAAAUUGGAGUGGGUCUAGGAUUUCUGGGAUAAUGGUGUUGAUGUGAGCCAUGACCAGCCUUUCAAAGCACUUCAUGGCUACAGACGUCAGUGCUAUGGGUCGGUAGUCAUUUAGGCAGGUUAUCUUAGUGUCCUUGGGCACGGGGACUAUGGUGGUCUGCUUGAAACAUGUUGGUAUUACAGACUCAAGUCAGGGACAUGUUGAAAAUGUCAGUGAAGACACUUGCCAGUUGGUCAGCACAUGCUUGGCGUACACGUCCUGGUAAUCCGUCUGGCCCUGCGGCCUUGUGAAUGUUGACCUGCUUAAAAGUCAUACUCACAUCGGCUACGGAGAGCGUGAUCACAUAGUCAUCCGGAACAGCUGGUGCUCUCAUGCAUGCUUCAGUGUUGCUUGCCUCGAAGCGAGCAUAGAAGUGGUUUAGCUCGUCUGGUAGGCUUGUGUCACUGGGAAGCUCGCGGCUGUGCUUCCCUUUGUAGUCUGUAAUAGUUUUCAAGCCCUGCCAAAUCUAGGUUUGGUGGAUGUCAGGAGAACGCUACCUGCCCCAAUCCAUAGUGCCAACUGUAAAGUUGGUCUGGGGCUGUUUUUCAUGGUUCCGGCUAGGCCCCUUAGUUCCAGUGAAGGGAAAUCUUAACGCUACAGCAUGACAAUGCCCCCGUGCACAAAGCUAGGUCCAUACAGAAAUGGUUUGUCGAGAUCAGUGUGGAAGAACUUGACUGGCCUGCACAGAGCCCUGACCUCAACCCCAUCUAACACCUUUGGGAUGAAUUGGAACGCCGACUGCGAGCCAGGCCUAAUCGCCCAACAUCAGUGCCCGUCCUCACUAAUUCUCUUGUGGCUGAAUGGAAGCAAGUCCCCGCAGCAAUGUUCCAACAUCUAGUGGAAAGCCUUUCCAUAAGAGUGGAGGCUGUUAUAGCAGCAAAGGGGGGACCAACUCCAUAUUAAUAAUGUCCAUGAUUUUGAAAUGAGAUGUUCGAUGAGCAGGUGUCCACAUACUUCUGGUCAUAUAGUGUAUAUACAGAAGGACGGAGAAAGGAGGAAAGCCUUCCUUAAUGAAGGAGCUGGAGUGGAGAGAGAGAGAAUGAGUUAGAGAGAGACAAGGAAAGAGAGAGACGGGGAUUUAGAGAGGAGAUUGGGGGGUCUUACCUGAUACACUGGAGAUUUAAUUAGACGGGGGGGAUUGUAGAGCGCCGGGAAUUUCACAGGGGCUUAGCUGAAAAGAAGGGAAAGAGAGAAAGAAAGAGGGAAAGAAAGAGAGGUAAAGAGAGGCCAGGGAGGGGUGGUGUUCAGCGUUCCCCUUCUCUUCCUCCUAGACUAAAUUGUUUAAAUUCUAUACCCUUCACUUCAUUUGUUUGCUUCUCCUUCUUUUUUGGGGGGGAGGAGAGGAGAGAGGCCCCUGCUCCCCUCUUCCCCCAACCCCCCCUCCCCCUCCCCCCCUCUCCCCCCUCCUCCCCCCUUCACCUCCCCCUCUCCACAUUCCGGACUGCUUUGUUUUCUUCAUGUUUGCUUAUACCACACACCCAAAGAAGUGCCCUCUUUCUCCUUCCCACUCUUUUUCCAUGCCUUUGAAUUAACCAACUCCAGCUAAUUAUGCUUCUUUCUCUUUCUCUGUGCGGCUUUCUAAAGACUAACCCUCUUUGGCAGGAUUUAGUAACACACAAGGUACAUUUAUAUUUUCUACCAAACCAACGUGUGUGUGUGUGUGUGUGUAUAUGUGUGUGUGUAUUUGUGUGUGUGUAUAUGUGCGUGUGUAUGUGUGUGUGUGUAUAUGUGUGUGUGUGUGGUGUGUGUGUCUGAGUAUUAUUUCAGAUAUGUGUAAUGGUUCAUCUAGUGCAUGUUUGUCCUUGUCUAAGUCUCUCUCCUGUAGAUCUGUGGUUUCUCCAGGUAUUCUCUUUGUAUUUUCACACAUACAUACACACACGCACGCACACACACUCACACACACACACACACACACACACACAAACACACUCAUGUUGGCUACCAUUCUUACACUGUUGUUUCUCUAUGGGUUCUGCAGGUGUGUCUUUGCUCUAAUGCCUGUGUUUGGUGUUCAUUGUGGUUGUCACAGGUAUUUCGAUGUGAUGCUGCCAAUGUUCCAUUGGUUCAGUUGGUCAAAGCAUCUGCCAAAAUGACCACAGAAUGUUAAUGAUUGUGACUCUUUGCUAUAUAUCUUCUGCGGUGUUGGUCUAUGGUGUUUGAUGAAAUGGCAUGCCCAUGUUAACAGUAGACUGUGUUGGUUUGUUGUAGGUAUUUCUUUGCUGUGCUGGCCAUCCUGACAGUUCUGGGGGUGCUGAAUGGUUUGGUCCUUCUCCCUGUGUUGCUGUCCUACUUCGGCCCCUAUCCAGAGGUCAGAUGGUUUCUCCUGUUUAGCCAUCUAUAUGGCUCCACCACAUAGCAGAAAUACUCGUACCCACAGACCUAAAAUGGCACGCGCACACAUUUUUUACACACACAUAUUUUGGUGAACCGACGCUAACUUUUAAUUGGAUGUUCUAACACGAGCUCACGUGAAAUUACUCCCCCUCAGGUGACCCCUGUGGAUGGGCGUAGCCGGUUACCCACCCCUUCCCCGGAGCCUCCUCCUCACGUGGUCCGCUUCUCAGUCCGCCCACGCCACACCACCUCCGGCACGGGGACAGGAACUGGAUCUGACUCGUCCGACUCUGAGUACAGCUCCAACACCACGGUAUCAGGCAUCAGCCAGGAGCUGCAGCAGUACAACCUCCACGACACUAGGGGCAGAGCUGGGAGAGCAGAGGACAUGCAGUACGACAUCCAGACCAGCAGGGGUAGAGCUGUUAGAACAGAGGAGGUGCGACUAGGAGCAGGGCCAAGAAGGACAGCUAGACAAGGAGACGCCACGGCCUACUCUGUGUCUUCUGUAAGUGCUUUGGAUAAUGCCCACCCACGUCAAUGCUCAUAUACACACACACACACACGUGACAUAUGCUCACACUCAGAUGUGUACAAGUUGUUCUAAUUUUCUGAUCUUUCUCUCGUCAGUCGGUCCUGCCGGAGUCAGGGGCCCACCCUGGUGCAUCCCGUCGCUUCAGCAAAAGGGACCUACAGUCGCUGCCCCCAGCCCGCCCGCGCAUGGACGCUUUUGAAACUGCUACUGAGGCUGCAGGCCAUUACAGCUCCGGGGGCCAUUUUGGCUCGGCCGGCCACAGAGAACGCUCCGCGGGGCACAGAACCCGUCCAUCCCACAACCCCCGGCCCAAUCACCACCAACCUCACCAACCUAACCCCACCCCUACUUACUGUCAGCCAAUCACCACGGUAACGGCCUCUGCGUCGGUUACCGUCGCCGUCCACUCUGCCCCUCCCCCCACUCAGAGCCCCACUUCCUCUUACCCAGGACACACUGCAGCAAACAGUUACCACACAGCAGGGGGCGCAGAGCCCGAGCCUGCCUUCCAGGACCCCCAUGUGCCACUGGAGGUCCAUAUCAGCCACAGGGGAACCAAGAUGGAGGCCAAGGUGGAGGCCAUGGAGCUGCAGGAUGUGGAGUGUGAGGCAGCUGAGAGCGACUGUGGCAAGAGGGCAAGCUGAGGUAAGCCCCAAUGGAGUUUGUAGCUUCUCAUGACAAUGAAGUAAUUCACAUGUUUGGUAUUACAUCCACAAAGGACUUGAAUUGAAUGUGCCUGUUCCUUUUUCUUCUUUAGUUUUGUUACUUGCAAAAAUGUCCAUCAAAGGUCCAAGCCUUUUUUUUGUACUGCAAACUGAACAUAAUAUAUUCAGCGUUGCGCCUUUAGAGAGUGAGAUGUGUGUGUUGUCCUGACAGUUUCCUAACUGUGUGUUGUCUGUCUCUCUGUUGUUCCAGUGGAAGAGAGCAGAAGUACAACGGCCAAAGAUGGACUCCCUCUCUCACUCAGCGGCCCGCAGCGCAGCGACACACAUAACCCAGUACUGGCUAGCGCCAUGGUGCUCAAUCUUACUGUAACCCAGUGGAAGUUUGUUUUAGAUAUCUCUAUCCAUAUUUAAAAGAUGUACACUCAUGUAAAUAUGAAAAAAAAGUAGCUAUAAUGUAGGAGCUGUACAACUCCUUUUUUAACAGACUGGGGACGUCAUUUUGUAUGGCGUGUGUGUGUGUG